GCUUCUUUUCCAACCGUAUACUCAGUCACCCCAGGGUACAGGGCAUGAUCACCGUGCAUUGAAAACGCUAACAGCCCCCGCCCCGGAAACCCCAUAAAUCCACAAUUCCCGGAACAAACGCGGGUGUCUUAACACCAAAAUCCCCCCCCCAAAAAAAACAAAAAUCAUGCCGACUUAUGCCAACCUCAACGACGUCGAUUACCCCGACAACACCUCAGACGAUACCACUCCACUCUCCUUCACCCACAAUAACGACAUACCCUCCUACCGCCUAACCAGAUACGUCCGCCCGUUAAUCGACUACGCCCGAAACGAGUGGCAAGCCAACCCCAAAUAUGCCUCCCUUCCCACCACGAACACCGACGACCCCUCCAACUCCCCGCGCUGGGUCCAGAUGCUCGGCUCGAUCGUCACGGCGCCGCGGUUUCGCCGGUACGUCGUCGUUUAUAUGUCGGUGCUGGUCUCGUGCUUCGUGGCUUGGAAGUUCAUGAUCUCGCCAAGGCUGGAGGAACACACGGCUAUUCUUCGUGGGCUGGAUCCUCAGACGAAGGAGGAAGUAGGGUGGUUUGGGGCGAACGCACUGCCGAGAUUCGAUGAUAUUGUUCAGCUCAGGACGCUGGAGCCAUCGCUGGUACCGGCGGAUACUGUCUCGGGGUCGGGGAGCGGUGAGAAGCGGUUGAUUUUCAUCGGUGAUGUGCAUGGGUGCAAGGUUGAGUUGGGCCGAUUACUCGAAGAGACAUCCUUCAACCCGGACGCCGACCAUCUUAUUUUCACUGGCGACAUGAUCAACAAGGGGCCCGAUAGUUUGGGCGUGGUGGAACUAGCCCGGCAGUACUCUGCUUCUUGUGUGCGUGGCAACCACGAAGACCGGGUGCUCAGUCUGCGGCACAACAUGAUUGCCGCGAAUACAAUGGGCGAUGAGUUCCUGGACGACGCGAACCUGCACCGCGGGCAGUAUACGAGGGAGCGCAAGUUGGCGCGGGAGAUGAGCGAUGAGCAGGCUGAGUGGCUUGAUACAUGUCCGGUUGUUUUGAACGUGGGUCAGGUUAAGGGUAUGGGACAGGUGGUUGUUGUGCACGCGGGGUUGGUUCCGGGGGUGGAGCUUGAUAAGCAGGAUCCAUACAGUGUUAUGAAUAUGUUGACGGUUGAUACGGAUACGCAUGUGCCGAGUGCGUCGAGGAAGGGCACGAAGUGGACGAAGUUGUUUAACAAGCAUCAGACUCUCCUUUCUGAGAGUCUGCUUGAGACUUUUGAAAACCCUGAGUCGAUGCUUACGACUGUUAUCUACGGGCACGACUCUAAGACGUCGCUUGCUCUCAAGACAUACACCAAAGGCAUCGACACCGCUUGCGUCAGGGGUGGGAAGUUGACGGCGCUGGUCGUCGGGACCGGUGGAAAGCAGAACCUCGUGCAGGUCAAGUGUAACGACCAUACUAAAGAGUAAGAGGUUGUUGGGUUGUUGGUCGGGUAUUGGGUUUGGUUUCCCAGUUUGCUUCUUGUUCUCCACUGGGAUGGGUAAGGCGUGUGAUUUUCAAACACAUAAGCAUACUUGGUGUUAUGGCGCUUCAUUGUGAAAUCGGGUCAUUUCUUGGGCUUUUUCAUGUUUUGAUGGAUCAAACAAUGCUUGUAUAAUCUAGAAUAAAUAUAUACUAAUCUGCUACAAGAAGAC